AUGUCAAAUAGAAGUGAAAGGAAAAGAUUGUUGGAUGAUAAUAAUGAAGAUGCUGCUGGCGGUGAUAGAGAUGUAGAGAGUCAGGUGUUGUUACAUCCUGUUAAUAGUAAAGAACCACUGCGUAGAGUUGCUGGUGGUAGUAAUGAUGAUAAUGGUGGAAUCUAUGAGGACGGUCUGUCCGUGGUAGAAAAACAGCGACAAAAGUCAACUCUCUAUAUGCUGCGGCUUGCCAGUGUAGUUUUACUCGUUGGUUACGUACUCUCCACCAACCUGUUGUUCUUUAUUGGCAAUCGUGUUGUGUUCUACCCGAAUCCGAUCAGUCCGACACCGACUACCUCGCCAACACCCACCGCGUCACCAAACAACACGAGCGUACUCGACCAAUUCAAUAUAAAGUAUUUCUUUUAUUUCUCGACGUUCGAUGUGCUGCUACUCAGCUAUGUACUCGCUAUUUUCUGGACGGUAUGUCUCUUCCUCACUGGCUAUCUCUACCAGUUGUCAACGAUUGCCAUGUCGGUACUCGGUUUGAUCUACAUCAUCAUAAAGUCUGCUUUCGCCAUACCGAUGCUAACUAAAACACCGGGAUCUAUUGACCCGUCAAUACUCCCAGUGAAUUCCCCGAUUUUGACACGUGACGACGCUCGUGAGAUGACGCUGGCGUGCAUUGCCAACUCGAUCGGUCUCAUCGUCUUGUAUCUUGCGCUCAAUGCUUAUCCACUGUUGGUUGCUCGUGUCGAGCACAAGAUAGAGAUGGCCAAGGAGAAGAAGAAACUGGAGGAUGCCGAAGCAAUGGAUUCCUCCAUCAACAAAGCAGCGAAGCGUCCAACCCGUAUAAACAACUCCAACGCCAAGCGUCUAGCAAAGCUCUCAAAGCCCGAGCUACCACUGAUUCUCUGCGGUAUGAUUGCGCUGAUCUUCUCGUCGUUCUCCUCGCUUGCCAUUCCCGCUUUCUUUGGUCAGAUCGUGCAGGUGCUUUCGGCAUCGCGUGACAUCAAUACACUCAACAACUCGACGCUGGCAUUGGUCAUUAUCUUCCUGAUCGGUAGUUUAAGUACUUCGAUACGUGCGUAUCUCUUCACGCUGGCCGGUCAGCGUUUCGUUGCGAGAAUGAGAAAAGAGUUGUUUGCAGCGAUCAUCAAGCAGGAUGUGGCAUUCUUUGAUCAGAGCAGAACCGGUGAGUUGGUCAAUCGUUUGGCAUCGGAUACACAAGUACUCCAAAACACAGUGACCGUCAACAUCUCAAUGGCAGUGAGAUACACCAUUCAAAUCAUCGGUGCAAUCAUCUUACUCUUCAUCACCAACUGGCGACUUACACUUGUCAUGCUGGCAAUCAUCCCUAUUCUCGCUGUCUCUGCUGUCUUUUACGGAAAGAAAGUAAAGAUGCUCGGUAAACAAGUACAAGAGGAACUGGCUAAAUCAUCUACAACCGGUGAAGAAGUAAUUAGUAACAUUAGAACUGUAAAAGCAUUUGCCAAAGAAGAGAAAUUCGUUGCAAUCUAUGGAAAAGAUGUACAUCAAAGUUAUUUAAUUGGUAAAAAGUUGGCGUUGGCAGGUGGAAUUUUCUCGGGUGGUGUAUUUUUAGUGGCACAACUCGCAAUUGUGCUGAUUGUUUAUGUUGGUGCCAAACAAGUGUUGAAUGGCGACACAACCACUGGUAACCUCACUUCAUUCCUUUUGUAUACAUUGUCGGUGGCGAUGGCACUUGCUUUCGUCAGUAGUUUGUUUGGUGAUUUCAUGCAGGCCGUCGGUGCAUCCGAUCGUAUCUUUGAGUUGAUGGACAAGGUUCCAUCGAUUCCAAUCACCGGUGGUGAUAUUCUACCGAACCCAGUCGGUGAAAUCGAGCUUAAAGAUGUAAACUUUACCUAUCCAACCAGAGGAACACAAGUGUUGACAACGAUCAACUUGAAGAUCCAGACUGGAACGGUUACUGCGCUGGUCGGACCGUCCGGUGGUGGAAAGUCAACUAUUGUUUCGUUGAUAGAACGAUUCUACGAUCCAAAUUCCGGUGUGAUUACACUGGACGGUGUCGAUAUUAAAAGACUCGAUCCACGUUGGUAUCGUAGUAUUAUUGGUUUCGUCAGUCAGGAGCCACUCUUGUUUGCUGGUACCAUCAAGGAGAAUAUUAGUUUUGGUGUGGAGAAUGCCAGUAUGGACGACAUUAGAGCUGCUGCCGAGAAGGCGAAUGCUCAUCAGUUUAUUGGCGCAUUCGAGAGUACCUAUGAUACUGUGGUGGGUGAGCGUGGAGUCCGUUUGUCCGGUGGACAGAAACAACGUAUUGCUAUCGCUCGUGCUUUGCUUUUGAAUCCAAAGGUAUUGCUGUUGGAUGAGGCCACCAGUGCUCUCGAUGCCGAAAGUGAGUAUCUUGUUAAGGAGGCAAUCGAUAGAUUGAUGCACAACAGAACCGUCUUGGUUAUUGCCCAUCGUCUAUCGACCGUUGUCAACGCCAACUCUGUCAUGGUGGUCAACCAAGAAGAAAUCUGGGAAUCUUUAAACACCUGUAGAGUUCUCGUUUUUGCUUGUCAUCUUGAGGAUGUCCAGCUCCCAGUCGAGGUGUCCCCUGUAAAUUUGUGUAUGAUCCGUUUUAUGAUAGAGGAAGUGGUUAUAGACCCAUGCUUUUUGAGCGAGUUCUCUUACUGGCAUGUUCCAGAGGCCAAUGCCUCCUUCUUCCCAGCUGAGAGAAGCUCUUUCGAUUCGCAUCCGGCUUUUGUAUUUGCUCUACCAAACCUUCCAAAUCGCCUGGUCCCGAUGGCGUUACUGGACUGUUCUACACAACUCUUUGGUUCUCCAAUCUCAGUUCCUGCAUAUAUCCAAGGUCAAAGUGCCUAUGCUACAGCAGUCACCCAUUACACCAAAUUAAUCGAUGCCAAUUACCACAAGCUUAACUUCACAAUCGCUAAUUCUAUCUCCCAAGGAAUCACUGUCGAUUGCUCUGCAAUGACACGUAAAUUUAAAUCUGAUUGGAAUCUAAAUCCUUCCAACUACGUGCCACCACUUUAUACUGUUGUUCACCAACACUUAACUACUGUUAGAUCUAUUCUAUCCUAA